GAGAGCGCACGCUCUGCGCCUGAACCCUACUUUUUUUAGCUGAACUGUAAUUCGCUGCAGAUGACCACUGUGGGGGAUGGACUCUUUACUGGGGAGGGUCGCCUUCCCUCAGACACCAUCAGAACCGCACCGUACAACUUAGUUUGCUCUAUACAUGAUGCUGCUCAGUGAUGGGGCCGCGGGCUUGAUCCAUACGUCAUUUGUAUCUCCACUUUCCAGACCAACAAGUGGAUCAUGGGCUCCGGCGAACGCGCCCGCGCUGUGGGAAUGGACACCGGCCAUUCCCUUGCGGUGAUCUGCUUUCUUCUGCUGUCGCUCAAUGGCUCCGUCUCUUCCCCGGCGGCGACGGGCUCCUGCCCCGACCGCUGCGACUGCCAGCAGCCGCGGCACCUCGUGUGCGCCAACCGCGGGCUGCGCACUGUGCCAACACGCGCCGCGCGGGUGCCCGAGGAGGUGCUGAUCUUCAGCCUCGGGGGCAACUUCAUCGCCAACAUCUCCGCCGUCGACUUCGCACGGUACAGUGACCUCGUCAGGUUAAAUUUACAGUACAAUCAAAUACAAAGCAUUCACCCCAAGGCAUUUGAGAGACUCUCCAAGCUAGAGGAGCUGUAUUUGGGACAUAACCUCUUAUCGAGUGUACCUGCCGGCACUUUACAGCCCCUGAAGAGAUUAACUAUUCUCUAUGGAAAUAACAAUGACAUAAAAGAAAUAACGCCGGGGCUCUUUGCCAACUUGGACAAUCUCGCUAAAUUGCGCCUGGAUGGCAACUCGCUGGAAGUUCUGCAGGACUCUGUUUUCAAAAGUUUGACCAGUCUGCAUUAUCUCCACCUGGAAUCCAACAAACUGCAGCACAUUCACAGAAACGCGUUCUCCAAACUCGCCAGCCUGCGCUUUCUAAACCUGUCCCACAACAAGCAGUCGGCCGUGCGCAAUGUCCUCACUUUUUCUCAGCUCAGAGCUUUGACGACAUUGCUGCUGUCUGAAAAUGAAAUCCAAUACAUCGGCAACCACGUGUUCCAAAACCUGAAGAGGCUGUCCAAGCUGUCCCUGAGCAACAACAGGAUCGCGCGUCUGGACGGCGGGGCUCUGAAGGGGCUGUCGAGUCUCAGGGAGCUUCUGAUUGACGGCAACGCACUGGAGGAAAUCCCCGCUGGUCUCCUCGACCCUCUGGAGCGCGUCGAGGAGCUCGACUUCAGCCGCAACCGGAUUUCCAACGUGAACUCUUUGGCUUUCGCUCAACUUCAACAUCUCAAGGUGCUGAAGCUGAAGAACAACCUCCUCACCAGUCUGUCCGGGGACAUUUUCGCCCUCAACAACGUGCUUUACGACCUGGAUCUCCAUGGCAACAACUGGACGUGCGACUGCCGCCUGGAGGAGCUGAAGAGGUGGAUGACGGCUGCACAUUCUCAGGGCAAAUUGCUGACUGUCUUUGUGCAAUGCCAUCUCCCUGCGACCCUGAGGGGGACAUAUCUGGACUACGUGAACAGCUCUCAGCUGCAGCCGCGCGGAAACUGGACCCACCUGUGCAGGAGCCGAGCUGGGCCCGAGGAGAGCCGCGGAGGGGGCGUGCUGGUAAAGGUGGAGGGGGAAGAGGUAACAGAUGCAGCGAAGCAGGAGGGCAGAGGUGGAGAUGGCCAGGUGAAAGGGACAGAAGGUGUAGAUAUAAGACAGGAAAACAGGGAUGAGGCGAUGGUGAAGGAAGAGGCUGAAAAACGGAAAAGAGAGGGACAGGAAGAGGUGGGAAUUCAGGGAGACCAGGGGGGUCUGGAGGUGUCAGAACCCUCUUCCCCGUUGCAAAGAAAGAAACCAAAGGAGUCACUCGGUCCAAGGUCGCGACCUGCCACUGAGACGGCUGGGAAACGGGCCAAAGCGAGACGAAGGUCAAAUGUCAUUUCCGCAACGGGUCCACCAGCCAUCUCCACGCCGGGUCACGGAAACACCACUGAUUUCAACACGGUGCUCAACACCACUUCUCAGUCCGGGGAGAAGUUUGACCUUCUGAGGUCAGAUCAGAAGGAGCCUCUGCCUGUCAUCACGGAUCCGUGUGUGUUCAACCGCCAUUUCAUCACCAAUGUUUCAGUGGAUCAAGUGACAUCCAGCACUGUCACCGUCUACUGGACCACGAGGGAUCAUCACCCCUACACACCAGGACCGGGGCCGGGCCCGGAAGAAGUCCACUAUCGGGUCCUGUUUGACCGGUUUGGCGCCCCCGACCGUUUCCCCCGGUACGUUUACGCCCACGGCACAGCAAAGUCCGUAACCCUUCGAGAACUCAGCGCGGAUCUGACCUACAUUGUCUGCGUGGAAGGAGUCGUCAGUGGAUCGGUCUGUCAAGUGGCCCCCCGUGACCACUGCGCAGGACUGGUCACUCUCCCCGAGGUUUUCGCUCGUGGGGGCACGCUGACCUCUGACCUCCAGCUGGUGACGGUGGCCACGCUGGCCGGGAACGCCGUGCUGCUGCUCGUCAUCGGCGGCGUCUGGUUGGGGCGGAGCGUGAGGAGGAGGUUGCAGAGGAGGAAGUCGGCCGUGCAUGUGCGCCACAUGUACUCCACCAGGCGACCGUUUCGUCCCGCCACGGCGUCGGCCUCCGUGUCCACCGACUUCACCAGCUUCCAGAGCAGCCGUCCGGCACGACUUGCACCGCUCGAGGAGGGGGAUCUCAUUGAGUUCCCCUGCGACCGCUUUCUGGACAACACUGGGGCUCGCAGGGACAGUGACAUGCAGAGAUUCUCAGACUAGAUUCAAAAUAUUUUUUUUUAAAACUCUGUAUUUUGACACUGUACAACAUAGCAAUAUGUGAAUUGUUCUGUGCUGCAAUUUUUAUCCUAGCCUUUGGAAUACAGAAAAAGCAGUCGUCUCCGUUGACUCAGUGCAGUGUCACACUUAAACCUUGGUGUGCUUGUGGCUCAAAGAACCAACCAAUUUGAGCAAUCCCACCAUUUUGAGUUUGGGUUUUCAUUCGAAGCGCAAGAUCAAUGUUAAAGUGAGCACAGAACUGCUGAGCUCAUCAGGGCCUUUUCCAGACACCAGAGGAAGUCCAAAUCCCUCUGACUUCCUCUUCCUGCCUUGUGCCUUUCCUUCUUCCAUUUCCUCGCACCUGCGACUGUUUCUGUCAUUUGUUCGGAGUGUACGUGCGUGUAUGCGUGAAUGAUGGACCACUGAUUUCAACUAUGGUGCUAAUUUUGAGUUCAUAGACAUCAUAUUGUCUAAUAUUUCCACAGUAUGUAAUGAUGAUGGCUGCUGGUUGGCAGGAAAAAAAACAACACUUGUUUUGUAUCUAUCAUGUUUUGUACUUUUACAUGGAUCUUUGUAUUAUUUUGCAUUACACAAAGAAGUAAAAUCCCCAACAAUGUGAUUGAUUUGUCAUUUGAGUGUAUAUGGAUUAUUCACUCCUGUGUUUCAAAUAUCUUUUACGUAAUCCACUGAUUACAAGGGGAUUAUAUUUCUAAAAAUAGUCGUAAUGUAUAGAGUACUAUAAUGUAAUGCAUUCAUAAACAAGGAUUAUUUGCCUUACCCUCUUGAACUCCA